UCAUCCACCCACCGGAGUGUCGUGCAAACAACUCAUCAACUCUGCAUAACAACGGCGCUGAUGGAGUUGAAAUCCCAGUCAUCGAUCUCGAAGGGUGUAACAAGAAUGAUGACCGGCGAGCAAAGAUGGUCAAUGCCGUUAGAGAUGCAUGUGCGACGUGGGGUUUCUUUCAGAUAGUUAACCAUGGAGUUCCACUUGCUAUAAUGGAGGACAUGACGGAAAGCAAAAGAAGGUUCCAUGAGCAGCCCCAGGAGGCCAAGAUGGAGUGGUACUCACGUGACUUUAGUUGCAAGGUGAAUUAUUAUAGCAGUGGAGAUAUCAAGGGGCGUGCAAAACCAGUACCAGCUGAAUGGAGGGACACGUUGUCCUGCAGAGCUGUAGAUGAUCAGUGGGAUUUUGAUGCAGUUCCUGAACUGUGCAGGCGCGAAAUGAAGGAGUAUAUAAAAAACAUGAUUGACCUGCAGGAAAAGCUAUCCGAAUUAAUGUCAGAAGCGUUGGGGCUCAGUAAGGAUCACCUAUCGAGCACCGGGUAGGGUACUUGAAGUCUAUCAAGUUAUCGGGUCACUAUUACCCGGCUUGCCCUGAGCCCGAUUUGACUCUAG